AGCUGUCUGCUUUCCCCAGGGCUGCAGCCCCCCAGGCACAGUGCUCAGCGAGCCCCUGUCAUCUCCAAGAAUAAACUCUGAAGCCGGUGACUGUGUGGACCUGAAUCAUCAGAAUCUGUCAGAGGAGGGGAGCGACGUCUCCUCGCACAGGGAAGCAGACUAUAUAAGCUCCAGAGGGCUGGGCGCUGCUCAGUCUCUCCUGCCAGCUCCUGCCGGCCAGCAAGGACCCUCAGGCGGCCCUGUACGGCACCCACCAUGUCCCAGGCUGGUGCCCAGGAAGCGCCCAUCAAGAAGAAGCGCCCUCCUGUGCAGGAGGAAGACCUGAAGGGGGCUCGAUGGAACCUGGCCAAGAACCAGGAGAUCAAGUCCAAGACCUACCAGGUCAUGCGGGAGUGUGAGCAAGCUGGCUCCACCGCCCCGUCCGUGUUCAGCCGUGCCAGGACAGGCACAGAGACAGUCUUUGAGAAGCCCAAAGCUGGACCCCCCAAGAGUGUCUUUGGCUAAGAAACACAUACCACUCCCCUGGCUGCUACCAACACUUAGACACAGGAGCCUUGCCCAAGAACUUUUUUUAUGCUGGAACGUACUUCUCACCUGCCACCUCUGAGACUGCCAUCCCCACAGCCCAGGACUCCAAUUCUGCACCUGGAAAUGCCAAUAAAGAGGAUACCCAAGUGGC